AUGUCAUUGAACCAAGAAGCAAAGGAGAAAGCUUGGCUAGAAAAUUAUGAAAGGGUGCUUAAUGUGGAAUUUGACUGGGACCCUGAACACCUAACCGAUGAACCACCACUGGAAGGGCCACCUGUCCCAAUCACAAUUGAUAUGGUGAAAAAGGCCAUCUCCAAGACGAAGUCGGGUAAAGCAGCUGGACCAUCAGGAAUAGCAGUGGAGAUGAUCAGAGCCGCAGGUGACACAGGUGAGCAACUACCGGGGACUCAAACGGACAGAACAAGUCAUGAAAGUCCUGGAGAGGAUGUGGACAGCCUCAUUAGGCAGUUGGUGACAAUCGAUGACUCCCAGUUUGGCAUCGUCCCUGGCAGAGGUACAACUGACGCAAUAUUUAUUGUUCGGCAGCUGCAAGAAAAAUAUCUUACAGUAAACAAACGGUUCUGUAUGGGGUUCGUGAACCUUGAGAAAGCAUUUGACCGUGUUCCUCAGAAGAUGAUCUGGUGGGCAUUGCGAAAACUCAGCGUGGAAGCGUGGAUUGUGCGUCUGGUGCAGGAGAUGUAUGUCAAUGCUCGUAGCUGUGUUCGCAGGUGA